UUGCAUCGAAAAUUACAAGCACUCCUCUGGUCAACAAGCUCUAUAAUUUUUGCAUUUAUCAUUCAGCUCUAGAGCCUAAACAGCAAAGGACAAGAUGUGUUUUAAAAUGUGUUUUAAGAUAAAAUGCUUUAAUUGCUUCCACACUAAACGCAAUGACCGCCACAGCAAUAAAAUGACCAACAGCAACUCCAAGGCAUCAGGGGAGUCCCCUGUAAAUACUCUAGCCUCACAGCCAAACCUGAGACAUGAGCAACAAAGCAAACAAGACUGCAGUGAAACUGUGAAGACAACUGGAUCCAAACGAGGACAGGCUGAAGGUAUCCCAAAGGAAGAUGUUGUUGUGCUUAAAGAGUGGAGUUUUAAGACCAGUGAGUCAUCAAUCACUAAUGGCAAAACAGGUCAAAUGACAGCAAGACCUCAACCAGUCAAUGCAAAAGAGCCAAUCAAGAUCUUUGUGUCUGAAAAGGGGGACAUGAUGGAUAGAAAUGACUCACUGGAUAGGUCACUGGAUAAACGCAGAGAAAGCAACGAAAAUAGUACUAAUAGAUUAAAGAGGAAGAACACAAUGACCCAAGAGAAAGACUCAAGGAAAUCAUCAACCACUUCCUCAAAAAAACUAACAUUAAACAGGCCCAGAAGAAAACUAAAAAAGGACCUAAUACCGAACCCUGAGGUCUUCCACAAGAUUGACACACAUGCAAUCAACGCUGGAAGAGAACUCAGAAUCAAGAAGAUCUUUUCGGUGCAAGCAAUCACCAAGACAAUCACAGAGGGGGCAUGUAGUGAUUUAGACAAACUACGUGCCAUCUGGAUCUGGCUUUGCCACAACAUUGAGUAUGAUGUGAAUGGCCUUCUGGGCUUUUCUGAGAUGGUUUACUCUCCUGAGCAGGUCAUUUCGACUGGACGAGCUGUGUGCUCUGGUUACUCCAGCGUCUGUUUACAGAUGUGCAGGGAAGCUGGUAUUGAGUGCAGAGAGGUGUCAGGCUACGGUAAAGGUGCAGGUUACCGGCCGGGUAAGAGUUACAAGAACACAGAAUCCAACCACAGCUGGAAUGCAGUGUGUCUGGAAGGACAGUGGUACCUGUUGGAUGCCUGCUGGGGCGCUGGAUAUGGGGACCUAGACAACAGAGCCUUUAUAAAGAGAUAUGAAGAGUACUACUUUCUGACCGAUCCAGAGACCUUCAUCGACUGUCACUAUCCUGAGGAAGAGGAGUGGCAGCUAUUGGAAAGCCCCAUUAAGGUUGAAGAGUUUGAUAAGAGGGUGCUGAAAAAGCCUGACUUCCACAAACUAAACUUAAUUCUCAAUCACCCUAAAAACUUCCUUAUAAUUACAGAGAACGGCGAGGCGACGGUAUCGAUGAGUUUCCCUCAGCUCGUCCAUUUCACCUAUCGGAUUUCCCAGCUCAGCGGCAAAAAACCACAAGAAGUGAGCAAAUCCAUCGGCUUUCUCACCAGCACGCAGCAGAGCAUGAAGCUACGCCUCAUGCCCCCAAAGCCUGGCACGUAUGAGCUCGAGCUUUUUGCUCGAGCUGGAAACGCAACCAAAACAUACAACUGGAUCUGUUCCUUCCAGCUGGAAUGUCCAUCACCCAAGACCUCAGAAGAGCUGCCCGAGAAUCCCCAUGUGUGCUGGGGCCUGCAACCAGAUGCAACGAGUUUAGGACUCGAGCAUUGCAAUUAUGGGAAUGACAUAAUUUCACUAGAGUCUGGAUCCUUCAGGUUGGUCUUAAAGACUACUAAACCACUUAUGGUGUUGUGUGAACUGAGCCACAAGAACCUGGAUAAGACUUUAGCCAAGAAGUGCUUGGCCAUUCAGACUGAGCCUGACCAACUCACAUGCAGCGUUCUCUGUCCUUACUAUGGUUACUACCGUCUGGCUGUGUUUGUAAGGGACUGGGCGAAUGAAGCAGACAGCUUCGAGAUAGCAGGCAACUUUCUUCUUCACUGCACAGCUGGUAUUGUCAACCUGAAUGAGCUUUUUCCCAGUGGCCUCAACAGUUACUGCGGUCCUGGUAUCAAGACUAUGGAGGCCGGCCUCUUUGAGUUCAGCCAUACAGAAGCUCUAGUUUACACACAGCAAGGAAACUGCGACAUCACCUUCCAAAACCGUAAAGAUAUAGAUCUCCUCUGCGAAUUAACUAAAGAGCAGGGUGAUCAAGCAGCAAGUCAAACCACCAUUUCAAACCAUAUCCUCUUCACUCACAAUGGGAGCAAAGUCACCAUAAGCAUCAACCUACCCGAGUCUGGAGUCUACAAGCUUGGCCUCUAUGGAAAAACAUCAUUAAAACAAAAAUACCCCCUGCUGUGUGAUUACAUCCUGAAGAACACUUCUAUCAACAAGUGGCCUCCAUUUCCACGCAUGUACGGAGCCUGGAAGAAGGGCAGUGUGCUGUUUGAACCUCGUGUGGGACGGCUAGACGCCUCGUCCUGGGUGAAAUUUCGUGUACACGUCCCAGAGGCCCGAAGAGUGAGUGUGCUCAGAGAUGAGAGUGUGGAUCUACAGCUCAGUGAGAGCGGGGUUUGGGAAGGGAAGGCAUUCACAGGCAGAGGACCAGAGCUCCACCUUGCUGCCAGCCUGAGCGAGGCCUCAAAUACUAUGUCCUUCCUGAUGACCUUCAGUGUGGUGGAACCAGAACAUGAGAAAGCAUCUACAGCUCAUGCACAUUAAUAUCAAAAGCAUCUAUGAGGCUAGGCUAUGUCAUGAAGCCCUAUUGUGACUAGUUGUGUCCCAAAUGGCACACUAUAUACUCUGCACCAUCUAGAGUAUGACAUUUAUGAAGGUUAUUUUGUCAUCCAGAUUUGGAGUCUGAUAGACUCCUCCCUUGGCUACGUAACUUGGCGACAGUGCAAUACAUGACAUUUCCAGUAUUUCAUACUUCAUUUUGUUUUAGUUUAUUAAGUGCAUCAUCCUGGUUUUUGAUGUGCACCUUU